AUGUCGGCGGAGGAUCGCAAGCGUAUCGAGAAGAGCCUCAAGAGGAAGCUAGACUUCGGGAUGAUGCCUCUCAUCAUUCUCAUCUACAUUCUCAAUUACCUCGAUCGACAGUCUAUCUCGCAAGCUCGUCUUUCCACCUUCCAAGAGGACCUCAAUUUGGAUGAUCGUCAAUAUCAAAACGCCGUCGCUUUGCUCUUUCCCCUCUACAUCGCCAUGCAAGUGCCAUCCAACAUGAUGCUGGCUUGGUGUGGUAAGCCCUCUCUCUACCUCGGUACCUUUGUCUGCAUCUGGGGCGUCGUCUCUGGAUGCACUGCCGCUUGCCAGAAUUAUGGUCAACUUGUUGCUGUUCGAGUCAUCUUGGGAGGUAUUGAAGCUCCCUUCUUCCCAGGCGCCCUUUUCCUCCUUUCAAAGUGGUACACUCGUCGGGAAUUGUCUACUCGUAUGGGACUGCUCUACGCAGGUUCAAUCAUCAGCAACGCCUUCGCCGGCUUGAUCGCAGCGCCAGUGCUGGCAAACAUGCAGGGUACCCGUGGUCUUGCUGCUUGGAGGUGGCUCUUCAUCAUCGAGGGCUCCAUCACCGUCUUCGUCGGCCUUUGCGUCAUGUACCUGCUGCCCGACUUUCCCCACAACACCACUCGCUUCUACUCUGAGGAGGAGAAGGCCGUCGCCGUCCAGCGUCUUGCUGAGGACGCCGGUGAAAGCGACAUUGAAGGAGAGAACGGUGGAGCAUGGAAGGGAUUCAUCCUCUGUGUCCUGGACCCCAAGGUCUGGAUCCUCACCUUUAUGCUCUUUGCCUCUGUCCUCGGUCUCAGCUUCAAUGCCUUCUUCCCUACUAUCGUCAAGACUCUCGGCUACGAUAGGAUCACUACCCUCUUCCUUACCGUACCCAUCUGGUUCUGGGCCUUCGUUUGCGUCUAUCUCAAUGCUCUGCACGCUGACAAGACGGGAGAGCGAUUCUACCAUAUUUCCAUUCCGCUUGGAACUGGUAUGAUUGCCUUUAUCAUUGCUGCUGCCACCAACAACAUCCCUGCUCGCUUCUUCGCAAUGUUCAUCAUGGCCUCGUCCUAUGCAGGCUACGUCAUUAUCCUCUCCUGGAUGUCCAACUCGAUCCCCAGGCCUGCUUACAAACGAGCCGUCGCCCUGGCCAUGAUCAACUGCAUUGCCAACACGGGCAAUCUAGCCGGUGCUUACAUUUUCCCUGCCAAGUGGGGCUCCUCUUACUGGCAGUCCUUCACCAUCUGCGCCACCAUGUUCCUCGCCACCAUCGUCCUCGCCUUUGUCCUCCGUCUCAUGCUGAUCCGCGAGAACAAGAAGCUGGACAGGGAGUUCGGUGAAGUCGAGGUCAGGCCGAAGAAUAUCAGUGAUCACGAGGCCGUCGAGUCUCCUGAAGAGAGGGUUCUACGAGCUAGGAGAAACUUCAGGUACCUCAUUUAA